ACAAGCCGAGUGGGCAGAAAUAUUGGCGUCCAAUCGACAUUACACUGCUCUGUUUUUUCAAGACAUCUCGAUGAGGAACUCGAUGUUAUUUUAUUUGAAUUGGGCCUCAUUAAUGUUAUGUACUAGGGUUAGGUAAAAUGUGUGACGUAUACUCGAAUGAGGUUCAAGUUAGAACGGGUUUGUUCUCGUCUCUGACCAAGCAUGCAACUCAGUCAAGUUCGAGCAUAGGGUGACGAUUUGACGAAUGCAUUAAGUUUAGAUGCAGCAGCAUAUCGCCGUGUAGAUAAGACACCUGUUUAUUGCGAGAACGCUUUCGCUUUAAUUGUGUUUCGACUCUUUCGCCGGGGAACUGUCAUGUCACCGUGAGAACGACGUUCUUUUUGUUUCUGGGUUUCGAUAGUAACUUACAUGAACACUUGUGCAAUAAUGGAGAAGGAUUGCGGUAGAAACGAUCAAAAGCAAGACGUCAAGACAGAGGUGUGUUUUGAAAGGACAUGUUCAGCACUAACUGUGGACGAUGUAUACGAAAUAGCUAAAUUGAUUGGCUCGGAAGUGGAAACACUUAUUGACGGCUACGGUAAAGAGAGCGCCACAGGACUGGUGCCUAAAAUUGUCAAAGUUCUAGAACUUUUGGAGAGCUUCGCAUCGCGGAACCAUGCACACAAGUCAAAAGAAGAAGACCUACUUAAAGCGUUCGAAACACUUAAUGUACAGAAACAGAAGAAGACGAGAAAUGUGAAAGAAUGCGAACAAAGCAAGAACGAAAUACAACGGGAGGUGCAGGAGGAGGUGGAGAAGCAGAAGAGGAGGUGCGAGGAGCUGCAGGCCCAGGUAUUGCAUCUACAGAUGGAGAAUCAGGAGUUACAGAGCUGCCUGAGGGGCAACCAUGUCCAGGAAGACCGUGUCCAACGGCAGGAGCGGGAGGUGAUGCUGAAACUGAAGGAGGUGGUUGACAAGCAGAGAGAUGAGUUGAGGGCCAAAGCACAGCAGAUAGCCAGCGUGUCUAAAGAGGUGGAGGCGCUGCAGGAGCAGUUGGAGCGCUUCAUGAAGAUGAAUGGGGAGCUGAGACACAAGCAGAGCAUCGUUACGGCCCAGGUGAAGAAUGCUGUGGAGAGGAAGGCUGACAUGGAGGCAGACCUCCGAGAGAAACAGAAAGCGAUAGAACGCCUCACCACCCAGCUGGAAAAGGCCAACGCUGCUGCCGGCACGGCCAAUCCGUGUAAGACAGAAGUGGACCUGACUGACAAGCUGGUGAUAGACCUGAAAGAUCCCAACAGACCCUGUUUCACCAAGCAGGAGGUCAGAGAGAUGCUGACAGAGAGGAACGAGCUCAAAGCCAACUUGUUCCUGGUGCAGGAGGAACUCUCCUACUACCAGAGGGAGAUCCUGAAUGAUGAGCGAUGUCCAGGAUUCUUGCUGGACGCUGUACGUUCUGCCAUAAAGAAACAGAAAACUGUCAUCAAGGCCAAGAUGUUGGGCAUGCCAGAGGACGAAUGCAGCAGUGAUGAGGAGAAAGGACCCCUGUUUGAGAGGAGAGCAGAGACAGAAACCGAGACAGAUAGCACUGACAGCAAACCACAAGAGUCUCGCAUCAGGAACCUCUUUGGCUUCCUGACGCGCUCCGGCAGCAACCACAGCAGCCGUAGUCCCAGUGAAAACAACGCUGCUUCUUCCUGGGAAAUCAUCGACGACACUGACAACACUGCGGAGACAGAACCCCGACAGUCACCAUAACAACCCUCAACACCCGUCCAACUACACUUGUCCUCCAUUCUGUUCAGUCUUCACAGGAUGUUUCAUACUGGUUAGGUCUCCAUAGCAGCCCUAAGAAAGGAAGAGCCUUCUCUCAUGCCUUCCUUCUUUAUUUGUUAUUACCCCCUCGUUCGUGCUCUGUAUACCUUUCUCUUCCUCUUCCUCUCUCUUUCUCUCCCUCUGUUUCUCUCAGGAAUAGAUUCAGAAUGGUGAAAUGGCCAACUGUACACUUUGCAUUGACAAUAACUGUGCAGGACAUUAUUAAGAGGGACUUUUUUAACGGAUAAUGCUUUUGUAAUUGUUUUAGUAUUUGUAUUCAACAUUAUAGUGAUGUGUAUUGGUAUGUAACCAUCUACAACAAAUCUCUGAAGCAAAUUUGUAUUGAGAUAUUUUAACAAAUAUUUUUAGCCAAAGAUACCAAGAUAUAUAUAUAUAUUUUUUUAAAUAAAUUUUAGCCCCUUUUCUCCCCAAUUUUCGUGGUAUCCAAUCGCUAGUAAUUACUAUCUUGUCUCAUCGCUACAACUCUCGUACGGGCUCGGGAGAGACGAAGGUCGAAAGUCAUGCGUCCUCCGAAGCACAACAAGACCAACCAGCCUGGGCGCGAACCCAGAGACUCUGGUGGCGCAGCUGGCGCUGCGAUGCAGUUCCCUAGGCCACUGUGCCACCCGGGAGGCCUACCAAGAUAUAUUUUGAACACAGCAAUCAUUAGUCAUUGCAGGAACACACAUGGUGGACUUCUAUGUGUUUAACAUUUGACCUAGUGUGGGUGUUUUUGGUGUGUUUUGGGGUUGCUGUAAUUCUUACAAUCUGUGACGGACUUGGACAUAGUGUGAGUUAUAGAAACCCUUUUGCCACAGAGUAACAGUCAUUUAUUGAUUAGAAUUUAUAUUCUUAACCAUCAGCUCAUCUUACAUUUUUGAUAGAAUCCUAUUAUGAGUUCAACCAUGUCUUCCCUAGGACCAUGAAUUGAGCAUUGGGGUUGGUUGUUAUGCAUGUGGCUGCCAAGUGUGCGUGUGUGCACGCCUGUCUCUGUGUGUGUGUGUGUGUGUGUGUGUGUGUUCACUGCGACACCAGCCCCUGUAAGUUAGUUGCUACACUUACAGAGGAAAUGUGUGUUUCCUUGGGGGUAAAUGGGAGAUGGUGUGUGUGCCGUCACUAUCCUUCCAUCUGACCAUAUCGUUAAAGAAACACACACAGAAACACAUACCUACAACAAUGGCUGCCCCCUCCCAUAACUUAUCGGUACUCAGACAUCUGACUCUGACGUCGUUUUCUGACAUUCUAAAUGAAUGCUGCUGGUGAUAGUGUUGAAUGACGUAUUUUCCUACAAACUAUGUACAUGUUCUUUUUGUAAGCAUGACUAUUUUUAAACGGAGAAGCCUUUGAGCUAUAAAAAACAAAUAAAUAUCUGAAUUGAAA